AUGAUUAAUGAAACAAAUGAUGAGUUAUCAUUAAGAAGUUCAACAUCAACGAAUGUUCAAGCGGGUGGUGAUCAACAUUUUGAUUCUCUAUUAAAUUUGAUUAAAUCUAAAUCAAUUUUUCGUUGGUCUAAAAAUAAAAGACAACAUAAUACAGAUUGUUAUUCAUCCGAUUCUCUCGAUGUUAAUAUUGGUGAUUUAGCUGAUGCUGAAGAAUUAAAAAAGAUCGCUCAAGUUGUUCGUAUUCAACAAGACAAAAAAGAUUUAUUUUCAUCUAUGGAACAAAAAUCUCAAAAUCUAAUUGAAGAUUUUCAUAUUCUUAAUGGAUUUCGUUUACAUUCAAAACAUAUUCUUAUUAUUCUUAGUCAAAAAGAUAGAUUGCCUUAUUUAUUCAAUUAUGGUGAACAAGAUACAGGUCGAAAAUUACUUUCUAUUGCUGCUGAAGUAGGUUGGUAUGAAGGUGUUCUUUUUUUACUUAAUCGUGGUGUAAAUAUAAAUGAAACUGAUCAUGAAAAUCGUACAGCCUUAAUUGAUUGUCUUACAUCGACCGAUACAACUAUCAUGAUGGCUCUUGUUAAAAAACCUGAAUGUAAUCUUAAUAUACAAACUCUAACAGGUCAUACAGCUACUCAUUAUGCUGUUAUGAUGAACAAAAUUCCUUUCUUUGAAAUUUUAAUUAAAUUCGGUGCUCGUCUUGAUCUUCAAAAUGACCAAGGUGAAAAUGUUUUACAUCAAAUUAUUAAAUAUAAACGUAAACAAUGUUGGAAAAUUAUAAAACAUUGUUAUAAAUAUCAAUUAUAUGGUACAAUUUAUCUUAAACAUCUUAAUCAUACUGAAACAUAUGAACAUAAAACUUGUUUGAUAUUAGCAUUUGAACAACGACCUAAUAUCUAUUUUUUUAAAGAACUUUUACCAUAUACUGAUAUUAAAUUAAUUGAUAUUGAAUUAUUUCAAUCAUGGUCAAAAGCAUAUAAACUUAUUCGAAAUUUAUUUUAUUCAUAA